UCAAAGUAUAACUCAUAAUAACGUCAGCUAGCUCCAUCUCAUCUUCCGUACGCGAUCGGUGGUACUGGUUUCACGUUGCUUCUCUCUCCUCUCUGUCAAAACUGAGCAAACUUCAUGGGGAAGAUCUCCGCUUUCAGGGACGAGUUCAGCUUCGAGCAAAGACUCGAAGAAUCGCGUGAUAUUGUCGCCAAAUAUCCCGAUCGAGUCCCCGUAAUUGUCGAAAGAUAUGAGAAAACAGACCUGCCUGAGAUGGAAAAGAAAAAAUAUUUGGUUCCCCGAGACAUGGCUGUUGGGCAAUUCAUUCAUAUCUUAGGAAACAGGCUUCGUCUGCCCCCUGGAAAAGCUCUCUUUGUGUUUGUGAAGGAUACUUUACCUCAAACAGCUACUUUAAUGGAUUCCUUGUAUGAAUCCUUUAAGAAUGAGGAUGGGUUUCUGUACAUGUGCUACAGCAGUGAGAAGACCUUUGGAUAGACCAGUAUGGAUCUGUGAUCUCUGAAAUACAGUUGAAGAAUCCAAUCCUGCAACACUUGCUCCCCGAAGCGAAUCAAUGGUUAAAAGUUUGCCUACUAUUGUUAGGCGACAUAUUAUUGUAUAUAUGCUUAUGAUCUUUAGUCCUUUUUAUUCUUUUAGUCUACCUCAUUCUGUUACUCUCACAAUGGGAGGGAAGAAAUCAGGUGAGAUGGAUAGUGAUGUAUAUACUGAUAUCUUCUCAUCCUCAUGGUGCAAACAACUUCAAUCUAGUUCCUACCUACAUGUUUUCAAAUACCUCA